CGGGAAGUGACGUAACACCCUGCACGCACCUUCAAUCACACACAAAUAGCCCUCACAGCCUUUGCCUAUUGGGGAUUUUAAACUGCAACUGCCCUGAUACAAAUUACAACUGCCCUCCGCUGGGGCUGAUGGGAGUUGUAGUCCAAGAGGGCACCGGUGCGGCGGAAGGCCGCCGUAAUGCCAUGUCCUAUAGAUUAUAGAACAAUAGCCGUUGAGGGGGAAGGCGGAGCUGCUCGGGUCAACUAUAUCUCUUCCUUUCCCCCUCUUUCUAUAGCAGUUGGAAUCGCCCUCCCAGGGGCAAGAACGCGGCUGUGAGGCGAGCUGGGCGGUUCCAUUUGUGUCCAGAGGGGUGAAGGCAAACGGGAGGUGAUGGAGCCGGGGCUUACCCUCACGGGAAACGGCUCUCUCCUCCUGCUCCUCCGCCGCCCGCCCGCCCGGUGCCGGCUUGGCGGGGGAGCCCGGUGCUAGGCUAUGCCGCUGCCCGAUGGAGGGCGACGGGGUCGCUGUGAGGAGGGCGCGGGAGCGGCGGCAGAAAAGGCAGCGGUCGGGAGCCGAGCCUGCCGAAGAAAAGGGGAGCUGCAGCCGGACUUCCUCCCGCUCCCCGCCGGCUCCCAAGAAGCUGAGCACCGGGGAAGCGGAGGAUGAGGUACCCACAUUGACUCUGGGCCCCAACCUCCUCUCAGACCACAGAUCCAUCGAGCUCAGUAUUGCCUACACGGGCUGGCAGCAUCUCCAGGAUUGCAAGCCUAUGCCCUUAAAGAACAGCCGCGGGGAAUUUGAACCUGGGACCUUGUGCUGCCAAUAAUAAUAAUAAUAAUAAUAAUAAUAUAUUAUUUAUACCCCGCCCAUCUGGCUGGGUCCCCCCAGCCACUCUGGGUGGCUUCCAACAAAAUAUUAAAAUACAAUGGUCUGUUAAACAUUAAAAGCUUCCCUAAACAGGGCUGCCUUCAGAUUUCUUCUAAAAGUAUGGUAGUUGUUGUUCUCUUUGACAUCUGGUGGGAGGGCUUUCCACAGGGCGGGUGCCACUACCGAGAAGGCCCUCUGCCUGGUUCCCUGUAACUUGGCUUGUCGCAGCGAGGGAACCACCAGAAGGCCCUCAGCACUGGACCUCAGUGUCCGGGCAGAACAAUGGGGGUGGAGACGCUCCUUCAUAUAUACUGGACCGAGGCCGUUUAGGGCUUUAAAGGUCAGCACCAACACUUUGAAAUGUGCUCGGAAACGUACUGGGAGCCAGUGUAGGUCUUUCAAGACUGGUGUUACAUGGUCUCAGCGGCCGCUCCCAAUCACCAGUCUAGCUGCCGCAUUCUGGAUUAGUUGUAGUUUCCGGGUCACCUUCAAAGGCAGCCCCACGUAGAGCGCAUUGCAGUAGUCCAAGCAAGCGAUGACUAGAGCAUGCACCACUCUGGCGAGACAGUCUGCGGGCAGGUAGGGCCUCAGCCUGCGUACCAGAUGGAGCUGAUAAACAGCUGCCCUGGACACAGAAUUGACCUGUGCCUCCAUGGACAGCUGUGAGUCCAGAAUGACUCCCAGGCUGUGCAGCUGGUCCUUCAGGGGCACAGUUACCCCAUUCAGGACCAGGGAAUCCUCCACACCCGCCUGCCCCCUGUCCCCCCAAAACAGUACUUCUGUCUUGUCAGGCUUCAACCUCAAUCUGUUAGCCGCCAUCCAUCCUCCAACCGCCUCCAGACACUCACACAGGAUCUUCACCGCCUUCACUGGUUCCGAUUUGAAAGAGAGGUAGAGCUGGGUAUCAUCCGCAUACUGAUGAACACCCAGCCCAAACUCCCUGAUGAUCUCUCCCAGUGGCUGCAUGUAGAUGUUGAAAAGCAUGGGGGAGAGGACAGAACUCUGAGGCACCCCACAAGUGAGAGCCCCACUAAGCUGCAGCCCUUCCCCUGUGGGCUUAGGAGCAGAGGGAUUUAUCUGCCUGUCUGUCAUGCUCAAUAUUACCUUCACCCACCAGUACUGGCUUUCCAAGGUUUCCAAGCCCUCCCUGGGAUUUGAACCUGAGACCACCUGCAUGCAAAAGGAGAUGCUCCCUGCUGCCUUUCACAGAGUAUACUCAAGACUUCAGGAAUAAUUCCCACCCAGCGCAAUGCACCUGUUAGGCGCAGCGGCACUGUGGUUGGAAGUAUGAAUUCUUGUGCUGUCAGUGCAUGUGGCCCUUCGCAGAAGUGCAGCAGGAAGGGGUGGCCCUCGUGGGAUUUGGCAAGGGGGAGCCCAGCCGAGGAGGUGGAUCUGCUGUGUUGUCUUCCUGUUUGCUUUUCUGGGAUGUUUCCCCAAAGGGCAAGGGCCAUUGCUCAGUGGUACAGCAUCUGCUCUGCAUGCAGACUUCAAUCUUUUGACAUCUCCAGGUGGAGCUGGGAAGGGCUUCUUUCUGAAAUCUUGGAUAGCCACUGCCUUUCAGUUGUAAUACUGAGUUAGGUGAAGCCAAGGGACUGCAAUUCAGUAUGAGCCAGCUUCCAAUGUAGAAAGGAAUCCAGAGUAAUGUUUUCCAAGCCCUUCCCGCUCUGUGAGACUUGUAAAGAAAUUUUGACAACAGUGAUUGUGGAGGCUAAUUGGCUUUUUGGCAGAUGAAACAAACCUAUGCUGUGCAUUUUACUGUUGGAAUCUAUCUAAUUUAAACAUUAAUUUGAAGAAACUAGUGAAUUUUAGAUGAAUUUUGUCAGUGUUUGAACCAGGGUCACAUUUCAUUGUCCUGUAAAUCUUAGUAGAACUGCCAUCAUUUUUAUGCUCUUCUAAAAAUAACCUGAAGCAAGCUAAACAGAGGAAGCUUUUAAAGCAUGAGACAGGGAAAGUUUCGCUGUUUAAUUUCCCACUUUUGAAUGCUGUUAAUGACACAGAGCCAAAAACAAUAACUUGUCUCAUGCAAAAUCUCAUUAGAUGGUCCUUGAUAAAUUAUGUCUUAGUUCACCUUCUGAACAGUGAGAAUAAUAUUACUCUUCUACCUUAAUAGAUUGCCAUAAGGGUUAUUGAGAUAAUGUGUCUGAAUUGCAUUAAACUCUCUAAGGUAAUGUAAAUGCUAAAUAUUAUAAAAACUCAUUCGGAUUUUUAUUUCUUGCAGUAUCUUGACAGUGAAGUUGAAUUGUUUGGGGAUUAUGACAGUUUUUCUGGCACCAACUCUUUGUUAGCUGAAGUACAUGACCUAGAGCAAAGAUGCAUGAAGUCCACUGAUGGUGUCCUGGAUAUUAAAAACCUAGAUUGCAAUACUUAUGUCGAGCCAGUAUGUGGAGAUGUUCAGCUACAAAAUGCUAAGAAUAUAGAACAGAUACUGCCAAUUCCAGAAUCAACCACCGACUCCAGAAGCAGAAGAAAAUAUGAUUUUUUAAGCACUAUGAAAGAGCAGAAGGAUAGCAGUCUAGAUCCUCAUGGUGAUAGUCUAGAAAACCUGCCAUCAUCACAGCUUUUAUUUCUUGAACAAUCAGAGGAAUGCCUGAUUCAUCCUCACAAAGUGGCAAAUGUAAAAGAAAGAGCCUAUCACCAGAAUCAAAGUCCUGAUAAGAUAUCAGAUGUACCUCAUUGUCAUGAUACAGACAAUGUUAAAAAAGAUAGUGAACCAUCUACAAGUUCUUUGUCUGAACCAAGGAGGAGGAGUCUCAAAGAUCAUCUCAAAAGUGCAAUGACUGAAAAUGCAAGAGCUCCUGCUUCACUGGUGUCUAAAAGCAAACAACUCAAAGAGGCUGUUGUAUCUGAAGAGAUUGGGGUUGCUGAGAGAACUCACAGUGCUUCCUUUGUUGACAUUGGUCCAUUUUAUGGAUUGCCAACCAAGGUCAAGGAGCUGCUAGCAGAGUUCAGAGGAAUUGACAAACUUUAUGGUAAUACCACUGUACUGCUUGUUGUAGUAUUAAAUUCUGUGCUAAUCAUAGAGUUGGAAGGGACCCUGAGGAUAAUCUAGUCCAACCCCCUGCAAUGCAGAAAUACGCAGUUGUCCCAUAUGGGGAUUGAACCUGUAACCUUGGAAUUAUCAGCACCAUCCUCUAACAAAUUGACCAAUAAUGAUCCUGUUUAGUGAACAAUUUGCAGAAUCCCAAAAGACUCUUAUUUUGAUCUUUAAUCACUGAAUAGAAGGGUAACACCUGUCUUCUUAUUUUUACAGACUGGCAGCACGCUUGUUUAACGUUAGAAUCCCUGCAGCAGAGAAAGAAUUUAAUAUACUCUUUGCCAACCAGCGGUGGAAAAACACUUGUAGCUGAAAUUUUAAUUCUUCAAGAAUUACUCUGCAAACAAAUGGAUGUUUUAAUGAUCCUACCAUACGUGGCUAUAGUCCAGGAGAAGGUGUGGAAAUAAUAGGCUUUUUAUCCUUAUGCAUCCUUGUAGUAUACUUCAACUUUUUUGCAUAAAUUUCUGAAAGUGAUGGGCUGCAACCCUGUGCACACUUAAUUGGGAGUUCCAAAAUCCAUUUUAGGAUGAUCAGGCCAAUAGAAAUGCCCCCAAAUAGUGUGCAAGCUUUCUCUAGUACUCUUAAUCAGGCUAGUGAUAAACAAAACGAGUGGGAGAGGGGGAAAUACUGUAUUUUUCACUCUAUAGGACCUGACCAUAAGACACACCUAGUUUUUAGAGGAGGAAAACAAGAAUAAAAAAUAUUCUGAAUCAAAUGUUGAAGAGGCUUCUUGCUGUUCAGGCUUCAGCGAUAGCUUUGCAGCCUGCAUUCGCUCCAUAAGACGCACACACAUUUCCCCUUACUUUUAGGAGGGGAAAAGUGUGUCUUAUAGAGCGAAAAAUAUGGUAACUGGCUGGUGGUUAAAUGGCGGGGGUCUGCAUGUGAUCAGUCUAAAGAUGAAGUGUGGGAGCCCUAGGGAGCAGAUAAUCAAAGGAAGCUGUUUUAAAGCUCUUUUAUGCAGGUAGGUCUCCUUAACUGGAAUUACUGAAUUCUGUGGGAUUCACUUCUGAGGAAAUGAGCACAGCACUGGACAGGCAUUCUUCAUUUGACAGUUGAUAUUUUACUUACUGAUUUUGAGAUGUAGUGCCACUGAACCCUUAUAAAAAUAGCUGUGAAAUAAAGCUUGCCUGCAGCAGCUGGUCUCUAUUAUAAGCUGCUUGCAAACAUGUUACUGGUAUAAAAUUUUGAUAAUACUUGUAAAAAAAGAAUUCUCAGUUGUGUUUUUAUUGUUUAUUUAUUGCAUAUGGUAGGUUGCUGGUUUGUCGGGUUUUGGAAUGGAACUAGGUUUUCUGGUUGAAGAAUAUGCAGGAAGUAGAGGAAGGAUUCCUCCAAUCAAAAGAAGGCUUAAGAAAUCUCUGUACAUUGCUACUAUUGAAAGAGGGCACACCCUAGUGAAUUCCUUGAUCGAAACCGAGCGAAUUGGUGACCUGGGUCUAGUUGUGGUUGAUGAGGUUUGUUAUAAAACUCCUGAAACUAUUUUAAAAUGCUUUUAAUUUAUUUAUAAAUUCAAACUUGUUUGUAGAAGUUGCACUGUGCUACUUAUUUAUAUUAAUGGGCACUUGUCUUUUUAAAUAAUCCCUAACUGGUUGAAAUAUAUUCAAGAUUCUGUAUUGGUAACUAGUAAUAUUACACAUACUUGGAUUCAAUUGUAACCAACACAAAAUAUAAAAAUGUGUUUUGAGACUGACAUUAAUUGGUCUCCCCACACUAUGCCAGAGAACCAAGCCUAUAGCUUUAAAGAGGGAGGUGGGUCAAAAUGCAGCAUGUAUGCCAAAGAAAUCUGAUCUCCAUUUUAACGUUCAUAGUGUUCUUGGGUUCUGAUUCUUUCCUACUCUCAUGAUCUCUUUACACCUUUCUUUAAUUGAAGUUGCACAUGGUUGGAGAAGGAAGUCGUGGGGCUGUUCUAGAAAUGACUCUUGCAAAGAUUCUUUAUACAAGCAGUAAGUAAUUUCUGCACGUCUUGGACUCAAAUAAUAGCUACAUCAAUUGUGCCGUUUCUAAAAACGUAUGUAAUUUGUCUGUGUAAUAGUAUAUUUCAACAUGUAAAGUGUUUUAAAUGCUUAUUUUUCAUCUCAAGCCCCCAGAGCCCAGGAAGCAUAAAAUAUAUUCCACUUGUAUUGUUUUGUAUUUUUUAUUUGUAUUUCAUUCUUAAUUUUUGUGAGCCACUCAGAGAGCAUGUUAGUUGGCAGCUGUUAGCGAUACAAAAUAAAACAUCAAAUAACACUGGCAACAUGAAGUUUAAAAUUAUUUCAAGAUGGUAAAGAGAAAUACAAAUUAAACAAAUCAAGUAGCCUAUUUGUAUAUACUGAGGUUUGUUUUGUUCACUUUUUCUUUUUUCCCCCAAAAAAUUUUAUUGAUUUUCCAAAUGUUUUUUAAACAAACAAAUAAAUAAAUAAACAUAAAUCUCUACCGUAUUUAAACCAAACUUAGUAACAUUGUUAAGUGACUUCCUCGUAUCCCCCUGGUUGAAUUUCAGUGUAUAUCAUUUUAAUGGUUUUCCAAAACUACUGUUCUUAUAAAAUUAACUUAAUCACUUAACAUCUUUUUGUUUUCCUUUCCAAUUCAGUAUUAAACAUACUAAUUCAUCCCAUUACCUGAUUAAAUCCUAAGCCUAUCUGUAUUUGCAAGCUUCUCCAAUUAAUUUAACUUAACAUAUUUAACUAAAUAGUCUUUAAAUUUCGUCCAUUCUUCUUGGUAAUCCUCCUCCUUCUGGUCACAAACUCUUCCAGUCAGGUCGGCUAGCUCCAAAAAGUCCAUCAUCUUCAUCUGCCAAUCUUACACUGUUGGUACUUCUUGUGUUUUCCACUUGUUAGCUAAUAAAAUUCGAGCAGCAGUUGUGGCAUACAAAAAUAAUUUAACAUCUUUCUUGGGCAAUUCCAAACCUGUUAUUCCAAGAAGAAAGGCCUCUGGUUUCUUAGUAAAUGUAUAUUUCAACAUUUUUUUCAAUUCAUUAUAAAUCUUCUCCCAGAAGUCUUUCACCUUGGGGCAGGUCCACCACAUGUGAUAAAAAGUACCCUCUUUAUCUUUUGUUUUGUUCACCUUUUCAAGCUACACCCUAGGAUGGAGGGAGCAUGGGAGGCAACAGGCUAUGUAGCAAGGAGAGCUCUUUCCUUCAACAGAAAGGUACAGCCAUGGGUCUUAGGAAGAACAGCCACUGCUGCCUGAGGCAGCUGCCUCACUCUGCCUCAUGAUAGGGAUAGCUCUGUUUUGUCUGCUUAUUUUGGCAGCAAGUCCCACUGAUUUCCACUGAAAUUAUUCCCCAGUUAAUCUGAAUACCGUAUUUUUCGCUCUAUAACACACACCAGACUAUAACACGCACGUAGUUUUUAGAGGAGGAAAACAAGAAAAAAAAUAUUCUAAACGAAAUAGUGGAUAUAUGAUUUUUGUGGUUCAUGCUGUGGCCACAGACAUGUGAUCUGACAGUGAGUUUGGAGUAGCCCAAUGCAAAAUCCUGAGGAUCCAUGUGGAUCCAUGCUUUGUAACCACGGAGGAGGGAAGGAAGGGGAACCGUAGAUCCUCUGCUCACGACUGCAGCAGAUCCCCCCCCCCGCCACCCGCAGGCAUUCGCUCCAUAACACGCACAGACAUUUCCCCUUACUUUCUAGGAGGAAAAAAGUGAGUGUUAUGGUGCAAAAAAUACGGUACCAUUGCAGCCUCAGAUAUACAAAUACUUUAUUAUGUAACUGUAGACUUAGGAAGUUUUGCCACCUCAGCUUAGAGUUAUCCAGGGCUGCAUUUUGUGGGUCAGUCUUAACAAUAUCCAGUGCAAUUAGUCAAAAAGGGUGAUUAUGAGGUUGAUGCUGCUCUUGCUAUUUAUCUAAUGAAGAAAGUGAUUGUCUUGUUCUGUUUGAAAUAUGAGAUACUAUGACUUUCCUUUACUAUUCUUCUAUGAUACAUUGAGGGUAAUAUUUCAAAGUAUGUUGCUAUAUUUUGUAUAGAAACCACUCAGAUCAUUGGAAUGAGUGCAACUUUAAAUAACGUUGGAGAUCUGCAGCAAUUCCUGAAAGCGGAAUAUUACACCAGUAAUUUCAGACCAGUAUGUAUUUGACUAGAGAACUUGUUGACUUUCUUAGAGGUAAAUGUUGCAUAUUGACCAUUUUGAACUAACUGAAGGGAUGAGAAGGCAUUUUUCCUUUCUGAGCUUUUUAGGCAUUUAAUUUGGUGAAAAGUGGUAUUUGUUGUUUUUUCCAGGCAUUUAAUUUGACAGUGAACAUAGCAUUCAUUAUUAGCCUUUCAAAUGUUUAGCUUUAUAUGGUCAAAUUUCUUUAAAAUAUGUUACCUUCUAAUCACUAUUGUGGCAAAGAUGAGUUUACGGAUUCCUCUUUGUAAAACAAGUCAUAAGGAAAAUAUCUUACAAAACGUAAAAGCCACAGACACCAUAAUUCAAGAAAGUGUUUCAAUUUACAGUAUUUGUGAUUUUUAGGAAAGGCAAAAAGAAUAAUGCAUUUUUUUUUCUUUUAAGAAAAAAAAUAAGCUACUCUUCUCUUUUCAAAUGCCUUCCACAUUACAUCCGCAGUAUGGCUUUUUCUCAAUAGAAGUCAUAAUCUAAUUAUUCUAUGUACAUUUGAAAAAAUAUAGGUCGAACUGAAAGAAUAUGUAAAAAUACGAGACACAAUCUAUGAAGUUGAUAACAAAGCGGAAGAUGGCUUUAGAUUUUCACGUCUUCUUAAUUUCAAGGUAAUGUCAAUAAGCAUUAAAAGUUUUGCUUUAACAUUUAUCCAUAGCCAGUUAAAGUAAUAUGCUUCAACAUGUACUUCCUUGUGUCUAACAAAAACAACUGGCUCUAAAAAUGCAAAUCAGUCUAGAUAGUAGUAGUAGUAGUAGUAAUAAUAAUAGAAUUGCUUACUUUGUUUACAGAUAAUGUUUGAUAUGUGUGUAUUUUACCAGCAGAGAAUGUAUGGUCCUGAUUCUAGUAUCCUUAGGUGGGGGAUACUAAAAUGACAAAAGAAAUGGGUGCUAUUUUUGUAUUAUUAUUUUUUCAUUUAAAGCAACAAUUUAAAAUGGAGGCUUCAGUCAUGGAUAAGUUUGUAACGUCAAAUACAUUGAAGUUUUGUUUGAAUAUUUUGAUUACCGGUAACUGAGGCACAACAAAGUUAUCCAGAACAGAAACAAAACUGUGUUAUCUUUUAGUAUUCUACUGGUCUGCAGAAGACUGACCCUGAUCACCUUAUUGCGCUGGUGACGGAAGUUAUUCCAAAGUACUCCUGCCUUGUCUUCUGUCCCACUAAAAAGAACUGUGAAAACGUAGCAGAAAUGAUUUGCAAGCACUUGAACAGGUAUGCUUCCUGGAUGCAAUAUACUUACUUGAUUGGCGUGUUUACAAUUAACCUCGGAAUUUACUAAUGUUGAUACAGAGGCCUGUUUCUUCCCUUUGCAAGCAGAGUGAUCAGAAUGGUAUGCAUUGAUCAAACAGGAUCAUGUAUAACCCUGUAGGAUUAUAUCUGCAGCUUGAGCAAACUGUUGAGUACUGCAGGGUGUGAUGGUACUAUUGUGUCCAGAAUAACAACCUUUGAAGUACCAUAUAAUUCUGUGUUGUGGCAGCGAUGUUGAUGGAGAAAGGGAGAGACUAUGAAUAAUUUAGCACUGUGUGACACAUAAUAAAUAAAUAAGUAAAUUUUUAUUUAUACCCUGCCCUUCCCGGUUCAGAAAACCGGGCUCAGGGCGGCUAACAACAAAUUUAAAACACAAUUGAUGCAACAGAAAACAGCAUAAAAUACAGUAUAAAACGUGAAUAACAAUAAAUUCAGAAUUCAAAAAUCAAUUUAGGGGGGAAAUCCAUCCAAUAAACAUUAGAUGAUCACCAGGGCUAGCUGGCUACAUUAGUCCUAUUUGGGCCAGCGAGGAGACCAGGGGAGAAUUAGCUGUGGGAUCCCAGAGCGGGUAAUCUUCAUAAAAGGCCAGGGGGAGGGAAGGAAGGGGAAUAAAAGAUCAGGCUAAGUUCAAAUUGAAAGUCAGGUGGAAUAGCCAAGAUGGUUGGUAUGCAAACAUAAUCUAAGUGUACUUUUCUUUCCUAGAGACUAUAAAAAGUUGAAGGAGAAAGAAAAACGCGAUCUUCUUACAGAUUUGAGAAACAUCUGCAAUGGAAGACUUUGCCCAGUACUGAAGCAAACAAUUCCAUAUGGAAUCUCCUAUCACCAUAGUGGCCUUACCAGUGAGGAAAGAAAACGAAUAGAGGAAGCUUACUCUUCAGGAAUCCUCUGUCUCCUUACCUGCACCUCUACCCUUGCUGCUGGGGUUAACUUGCCAGCUCGAAGGUUAAUCUUUAAGAAAUGUUGCGUCUUUCUGUUUUUAUCAUGUGGAGCAUGGAACAGAUUUUAACAUUUCCUUCACUCAGGAGCAUGAAGCCAGAGGCAGGGGUCCAGCAGGGCAUCGGAAGCUGACCAGAAAACGAGAGCUCAGGGACCUUUUCCUGACGUGCUAGCAUUCUGUAUGCAGGGAAAUGUUUUUACAUAGAACAUUUUGUCCUCUGAGCCCCCUUCCCUCCUCCCAUACACAAAAGAAAUGCAGGAGUCAGAAGUGAUAAUUUGCAGAAACAGAUUUACCCCCUUAUUUGUUGUUGGUAUGUACUAGGCCUGCGUUCAGGGUCUGGUGUGAAGAUGCUCUGUAGUUCCUAUUGCAUGGGCUCACGUAUGACCAGUAUAGUACUAGAGAUAGCGAGUAACUUCCCUUUCCAGUCUCAUUUCACUCUUCAAUGAUUCCUCCUUGAAGCACUUCUGGCCAUGACGAAGAAGGAACGGAAUUUGCAGGAUUAGUCUUGAUGAUUUUAGUGUUCCUUAAGGAACUGUUCAGGUGUUUCCUUUGCUGCUCAGCUGCUGCCUACUCAUUAAUUCUGAGGAUAGCUCAGUCGGUAGAGCAUGAGACUUAAUCUCAGAAUUGUGGGUUUGAGCCCUAUGUUGGACAAAUCGUGCAUCGCAAGGGGGUUGGACUAGAUGACCCUCUUGGUUCCUUCCAACUACAAAAUUCUAUGAUUAAAUCUAAAUCAAGUUACAGUACUUGGAUGUAGCAUACUUGUCUUUUGGUCUAACUAUUCUUGAUUCUCUCAGUAGCAGCAGGCAGAGAACAUAACGGAAUUCUAGAGUUUGGCUAUUAAGGAUACUGUUGCUGUGUCCCCUGUUGCAUGCAAUGUUGGCCAGAUUCUUACAUGCCUUUAGAGCAUAUUUCAGAAAUAAAAGGUGCUCCAAAGUCAAAAGUUGCUAUGGUGUAAAAAUUUGUAUAACUGUAUGCACUGUAACAAUUCUGAGGAAUGUUGGGGUUCCAACAAUCUGAUGCAUUUUGCUUUCUUCAUUUUAGUAAUACUUUAAAAAAAAAUCAAAUUCUUUGAACAUUAUAUACGAUAAUUAAAACACAUUCUCAAUGUUUCCACAGGGUCAUUUUAAGAGCUCCAUAUGUUGCAACAGAAUUCAUGAAGAAAAACCAGUAUAAACAGAUGAUAGGCAGAGCUGGCCGUGCCGGUAUUGACAAAGCUGGUGAAAGCAUUCUUAUCGCGCAAGAGAAAGACCGGAAUCAGGUAACUUAAGCAAAAAAAAUUUGCUUUUCACACUUAUCAGUAUAAGUCAAUUGCGUAAUAUGGGGUGAUGGUCAAAUUUUUAAAUGUAAGCGUGCUCUGAAAUAAUUUGAUCAUCCUUUUAGGAAGUAUAUUUAAAGGCCCUUUUUCUUUUAUUAUAUGUUAAGCAAGGCCAGUACCUCAUCUUGAAAACCAAUGAUAUCUCAUCAUAAAAUAGCAUCACCACCCAGUAACAUAACAUACUGACUUUAGAAAAUGUUUUAUAAGAUAAACUGCCUGCCUGCAUGGGCUUUGGGUAGAUAGCAUUCUAAAACAAAAAUGUGAUAUAUGAAAAAAUAAAAUACUGAUUAUAAAUUAUAAAUCCACAUAUUUAAAAUAUGAAACAUAGGCAUUGUUAAGGUAUGUACAGCUGAAAUAAUUGCUUUCUUAUCUGUUAAACCAAUUCCUAAAUUGUAGUCUUAAGUCACCACUGAAAAAGGCUCAGUGUCGUAUUCAGCUAAGUUCUACAUUGAGUAAACUCACUGAAAUUACUGAACACAAGUUAAUCAUGUCCAUUAACUUCGAUGCAUCUACUCUGAGUAGGACUAGCAUUGAAAACUAUCCCCAGUAAAUUUGAAGAGGAAUAGAUCUGUAGAUCUGGGAAGCAUCCUCUGAGAAUAGCUCUGUUCUGUAUCCUUUUUGUUUGUUUUUAUUUAAAACUUUUAUAACUUUCCAAAAUAGCUCAAGACAGAUUACAACCAGCAUUUAAAGCUGUAGUCAAGCAGAGCAAACCCACAAUUUUUAAAAUGCAACAGCAGAAGACAGGGCAAACUAUCAUACAUCCUAAAAACUCAAAAGGAGUUGUAAAGAGCCAAGAGCUGUUACUGCCCAAAGGUUUCAUUAAUAGAUGGACAUUAUAUAGUCACAGCCACUCCCCGAGAAAGAGGUCAUUCCAUAAGCAUGAAGUUUCGGAGAAGAUGCUACUCCUAGCUGCAAAUGACUUGAUUUGUAAGGCAUUACAGAACAGGGCAGUUGAUUCACAGUUAAUGCAGUGGUUAAAGCAGUGCAGAUCUUGGGGAGAUCUUGUUAGGACAUAAUGGAGAAGAUAAUCUUUUAGGAACAUUAGGUACAAAUAUGCCAUAUUUUAUAAUUUGCAUUCACAUAGCUGUUGCUCUUUUUUUAAGGUUCAAAAGUUAGUAUACAGCCCUCUGGAAAGCUGUUACAGCAAUCUCCUGCUUGAGUUCAACAAGGGUAUCCGGAGUUUAAUCUUAUCAUUGGUUGGAUUAAAGGUAAUUUUGAAACCUUAAAACUGGUUGAUUGUAUUAAGAAGACUGAUUGGGGGAGGGAAGGUUUCAGGUAGAAUAACGAAACACCAAACUCUUUUUUUUUUUUUGGUAUUUUUUAGUCUUUGUAUACUCUCGUUUGUCCUGUUGUGUUCCACUACAGAUAGCAACCAGUCCUGAAGAGGUUUUCCAGUUCAUGCAACUAACCUUGUUUAGUGUCCAGCCACAGCUCUUGCCUGAAGGAAAGAGCCUCCGGGAUGUAACUACGGAAGUAUUGCAAGGGCUGAAACAAAAUGGACUCCUAAAAGAUAAUACAAGCUGCGAUGGUGGACAAAUUCUAGUUAUCACUAGGUUGGGUCAAGCCACGUACAAAGGUAUAAAACCUCCCUCUGGGAUCUAUUAAAAUACAGUCACGCAAGGCCAGUCUUACCAGCAGGCAGAAUGAAGUGGCUACCUUGAAUUGGAUUCUGACUGCAAUUAGGGGGCAGGAAAUCUCCAUAAUUUUAAUUUAUAGCUACAGAUAGCGACCAUUUUGUGUGCAUCUGCUGAUGCACGGGACCCGGAAGAGGGAAGAAUGGGGCAGGUUGGGCUUAUGCUCACUCUGCCAACGCAUGCAGGGACAAAAAAUGGACCCUCCAUGCAAAAUGGUUGCUGCCUGUAUCUUUUUCUGAAGUGAAAAGGGAUUUGAUUUGAUUCGAUUCGAUUUUCACCUCACUCAUCAAAAUGUCUUAGCCUGGCCAAGAUGGAUCUCAGUUCCCAGCUCAACUACUGAUUUUGUAUGGACGUAUAAAAAUAAAUCCAGUAUCUCUUUAGCUUCUCAUUUCUGCCCCCCCAAAUAUCCUCCUUUUGUAGUUUAAUCACAUUCAGACCUUGUCCGACUGUCAGAUUGGGGUGGAAGGAAACAUUAAUAGGUAAAACAUGUUCCUGGUGCGUAUUGCAAGGGAACUGCAAUUUCCCAGUACUCCACAAAUUCAAUCUGCAUGUAAGCUACAUGGAUCAGACUUAAAAGCCUAUCUCAUCCAGCAUUCUGUUCAGCAAUCUUUUCAAGCAGAGCAGCCAACUAGAUAGGUAUGGGAAAGACAAAGCAACACUGUGUAUUCUACAAUGCUUGUAAGCAUGUCCAUGAUAGUGAUGAGUUUAGUGUGGAAUGUCAUAGACAUAAGGAAAGGCUACUUCCCCACAGAACUGAUGCCCCCUUGAAUCAAGGAAAGCUCUGCUGGACCUGGUUUGUGGGGAUCAAAUAUGGAGUUUGAGGUGACAGCGCUUCCUGCUAAGAAGAGCAAGUGGUUUGCCACCCUGAAAGGGUAGUGAGCAUUUAACAGUCUUCCAACAUGUUGACAUGCUGAAAUGUCUCAUCAAAUUCUGAAGAUCAGAUCUGUACAAUGUGGGCCAUUGUAUGAUGUCUACCUUUUUAUUACAUCUUAGGUUCUAUCGAUUUGGCGUACUGUGACACGCUCUAUGCAGACUUGAAGAAAGGCCUUGAGGGGCUAAUCCUUGAAAGUUGCCUACAUUUAAUCUACCUGACAACACCGUACAGUAUGGUUUUGCAGUGUAGCCCAAACUGGAUGAUCUAUUUUAGACAGGUAACCUUUUAAAAAAAAAAAAAACCAACUAGAAGAUGAUUUUUAUAUCUUUACAUAGCAUCCCUGGGAGCCUUCCUCUCUUUUUCUGAACUUAGCAAGCACAAGGCUCUCUUGUCAGCUUCAGUGGAACAGCUAGAGUUGUUCCUUGUGCAUAUGGAGUCUUAAAUAUCCUAGGGAAUAAAUUAUGCUCAGAUACAUGCAGGAUCCAGACCUUUUAACAUUAAACUCCUGGGUUUUUCUUUUUGCAUUUCUUUUUUCCUUUCUCCUCCUGUGAUGAGGCUGCAUUUUAAUGUUUUAAUGUUGUAUUUUCAUCUUGUUUUUUAAGUUGUAUUCAUUCAACUUGUUUUUUAUUAUUGGUUGUUAGCCGCCCUGAGCCCGGCCUUGGCUGGGGAAGGAUUAUUAUUAUUAUUAUUAUUAUUAUUAUUAUUAUUUGUUACAAGGCAGAUAUUGAAACUUAUGUGCAGCUAGUGAAUUUUUUGCAGUAUACCUCAAGAGUGUUUUAUCUGUUACACGUCUGAAGUUUUUCAUUUCGUGUGCAGCAACUGCCUUUAGAAAUUAACGUCACGGGACUCUUCUUCCCACAGCCCAGCACGUGCAUGAUUUGAGUAACUUGCACCCAGGCAAGACAAGAGAACUCGGAGGGUUCAUGGAGGGACCUCUCAUUCCCAGAGAUUCCCUGCGGUGAUGCAGUGUGCACAUAUCUCUGCUCUCAUGCGAAGUUUGGGUGGUGGGAGGAGAACACUGUACAGUUGAGUCCAGUGCCACUCUCCUAUGUCUCUCACAAGGCACAGAGCAUGCCCUGUGUUUUCUGCAGAAUGUAACUUUCCUUUAGAUCUGAGAUUAAUUCUGCUUUUUAGUACAGUCAGCUAAGUCCAGCAGAACAACAAGUAGCAGAGAUUGUUGGUGUUCCGGAGAGCUUUGUUACCAAAAAGGCUUCUGGACAAGCUGUCAGAAUGGUAAGAGGAAGAUUUCUUAUUUCAGGUGUCUAAAGAUAACUGUGGGAAUGGAUUAUCCAUCAAAAUUGUGAAUUCAGGGGAGCUUCUGUGAUUCCUUUCUUGGAGUUGGUCAUAAACGAUUGGAUUAAAAUUUUGAGUACCUUAACAUUAAGUAGAUCAGAAAUUAGUUGCACAUGAAUGGCGGAAAAGCAUCAUAUUAGAGUCAUACUAAAGCUUAUUUGUUGUCAUAUUUGGGACUACUUGUUUCUGAAAUUCCUAGCUGGAAAUUGUCUUGUGUGGCCUCUUAUGUUGCAUUUCAUGGUUUAGGUAGCCUCAGAAAUGGAUGAAUUUAAAAUUGUAAGAGUGUUCCACUAUUUCAGAUAACUUGAAAGAUUCAAACAAUUUUUCCAUUGGAUUGUGUCUUCAAUUUCUAAUUAUACUCCAUAUUCCUUUAGGAUGUGGACAUUGGCACAGCCAGUAGACUCUACUUGUCCUUGGUUCUUCAUGCUUUGUUAAAAGUGAACAACGUAUGGGAGGUGGCAGAAAAAUUCAACAUAUCACGAGGAUUCAUUCAAACCCUUCUUAAUUCAGCUGCAUCGUUCUCCUCCUCAGUUCUACAUUUCUGUGAGGUAAUGUAUAGUAGCUGAAUACUUCAUUGAUGGAACACAGAAAUGUUGCUCAGAAACUUCUUUUACUUCAGAUUUUCCAAAUUGUUCACGCAGCUUCCCUUUCAAAUUCCAGAACUGAUUAAAGUUGCAUUUCUUAAAAGUAGUCCACAUUCAGCACAUUCUGUUUUACUUAACUUGCAUGUGGAGAAGCUGAGAAUAAAUAACCAGUUCGUUGUGCUUUUAUGACAGUAUUUUCAUACAUGUUUCAAUUAAAAAAUCAAUUUAAAAAGGACCACAUUGAAAUUAGUCAACUAGAAGCAAAGGAUUUCUUGCUGUUAGCUCCUUCUAUUGCUAUUGAAUCAUUGCAUUUUAAGAUGGUACCCAAGGAAUCUGUUCCAGUGACCUUCCACUGUUUCCUCUUCCAGAAAUUUGGCAGGAUUUUGGUAGACAAUUUUUUGACAAAAAUGGACAGACAAAAGUUUAUUAUCAUUAUUAUUAUUAUUAUUAUUAUUAUACCCCGCCCAUCUGGCAGGGUUUCCACAGCCACUCUGGGCGGCUUCCAACUGAAUAUUAAAAAUACAAUACAGCAUCAAACAUUAAAAACUUCCCUAAACAGGGCCGCCUUCAGAUGUCUUUUAAAAGUAAGAUAGUUGCUUGUUGCCUUGACAUCUGCUGGGAGGGCGUUCCACAGGGCAGGCGCCACUACCGAGAAGGCCCUCUGCCUGGUUCCCUGUAACCUCACUUCUCACCCUCAGAGCUAGACCUCAGUGUCCAGACUGAACGAUGAGGGUUUCCUAACAUUUUAAAUUAUGUUUUAUUUUUACAGGAGCUGAAUGAAUUUUGGGUUUAUAAAGCUCUCUUGACAGAACUUACCAAGAGACUAACUUACUGUGUUAAGGCAGAGCUUAUCCCUCUUAUGGAGGUGGCAGGAGUUUUAGAGGUCAGUAUAUGCGUAACAAACCAGAAUAACUACAGUAAUACCUCCGCGAACAUCCACCUUGUCUAGCGUCCAUUCCAGCAAACGUUCGUGGCAAACCUGGAAAUUCCGGUACCGGUUACUUCCGGGUUUGCGGCUCGCACAUGCGCAGAAGCGCAAACCGCUCCACACACAUGCUCAGACGCGGCGCUUUGCCCUGCAUCCUUUUUGGCUAGCGGCCAAGGCUCCAGAACGGAUCCCAGUCGCAAACAAGGUACGACUGUAUUCUUUCACCAAACAAAUCCAAGCAGAAUUUAAAGAUGGUUUGUAAAAAAUCCCUCAAAGUGACUGUUACUACCUGAGAUUGGUACAGCUUUCUCUUUUCCAGGGAAGCAGGGUUUUAUUACCCAGCAAAAGAGCAGCACAUUUGCAAGCUCUGAAAAAAAUGUAAUUCCUGCAGCAGAAGUUUCCUGCUUUGCAUUCCUAUGCUUCUGACCCCAUCACUCCAGCAAGUCUCAUUUUGCCAUGUUAGCUUUUGAGAUGAUGUUCCUUUGGGAGGGGUCAGUACAGGAACAGAUUUUUGCUGCUGUUUGAUAUGUCAUAGUGAAUGAUUGCGGUUUUUGCUGAGGAUGUUAUUCAAACUCUGUGUUCUUUUGGUUAUUUUAUGCACCAUUAAUUGUAGCUGCACAGCUGUCAACACCACCCUGGGAUACAUAUUUAAAAGGGUGUAUAUAAAUGCACUAAGUAAAAGGGUUGUCUUGGAAUUGUAAAUUGUGUACCAUUGCAGUAUGAUUGUGGCGUAUGUGUUGCAAAGCACCCUGAGCAGCAAACACAUCUUCAAUACAAGAUGGAGGACAAAAUAAACUUGGCCAAUGGAGCCAAAGUUCUCUGGUGUCAUUUUUUAUGAAAGUAUUUUUAUGGAAAUUGACUAGACAGAUUGGAGAUGGCCCUGAAGUGAGCUUUCUAAAGUUGAAAGCUUUCCUCAGUAAGUUUUGCUGUUAAAUAGACCUACUGCAUCAUCUCUAUACAGGAGUGAUAUUGCAACCCCACAUCAAAUGCUGGAUUGAAAAGCUAAAAGCUUAGUGGCUGGUGCAAUAUUUUAAAUAUCUUCUUAGUACAGGUGUAUGUGCUCAAAAUACAAACCAUAAAGCAUUCGUACAUGGGAAUAACAAUAAAUAUCUAAAUAUAACUAGAUAUCUAAAGGCAGCCCUGUUUAGGGAAGCUUUUCAUGUUUAAUAGGUUAUUGUAUUUUAGUGUUUUGUUGGAAGCUGCCCAGAGUGGCUGGGGGGACCCAGCCAGAUGGGCGGGGUAUAAAUAAUUAUUAUUAUUAUUAUUAAAAUAUUUCCAAAAGCCCUGAAUUUUAAACAAACACGUUUGAUUCUGUGUUUAUCAUAGUCCCCAAUAAAACUUACUGAGGCUAGUGUGCGUUGAGGUGGUGAAAGAUCUUGAUCAAUAUACAGAGCUAAUAUACAAAAAGGGCUGUUUUGAUGAAAGAUUUAGUGAUCAGAAACGGUAGCUAGAAAUAUGACCGGUUGGUAGAGACUAGAGGUUUGGUGGUGGUGAUGAAUAGAUUUGUUGCCACCUCUUUUUUUUAAUUAGCCUUUUGUCCACUUUCUCAGGCUCGAGCCAAGCAACUCUACAACUCAGGUUAUAAAACUUUAGCACACUUGGCUAAUGCAAAUCCAGACGUCCUGGUGAAGACUAUUGAGCAUUUGUCCAGAAGCCAAGCUAGGCAAAUAGUUUCAUCUGCAAAGGCAAGUAAAAUUUGUGAAAAGCACCGACAGGAAUGGGGAUGAAAAUUGUGAAUCUUAAUGGGGAACGGUCUAAUCUGCACAUUUUCAAACCAAUAUGCCAACCAAGACACAAUUAUCCUUCUAAAUUUGCACUUCUCUGAAUUUUGCGAUGCAGUUCUCUAACCAGAAAUUGGGGGAAGGUGCCUAAAAAUGAGCGUCUGCUUUUUGCAUAGGACUGAAUGCUCUUGUGCUCGGAUCCGACUUGCUGGUUUCUCCACAGGCAUCUGUUUGGCCACUGUGAGAACAGGAUGCUGGACUAGAUGGGCCACUGGCCUGAUCCAGCAGGCUCUUCUUAAGUCAUUAUGAACAGUAAGCUUUCACUAAAAUGGGAGAAAGUAAAGAGAUAUAGUUGGAGAUGCCGUAAGAGUGAGGGUCAAGUCUAGCCCUUGCUCCUGGAGACCAUAGCCACUGAGAAUCAAGCCCUGCCCUUUCAUCUGCAUAACCCCUUCCUUGGUUCUGUUUUUGUUUUUGCUUUUACCAAUAGGUGCCAGCAUGUUGGAAACUGGCAUGUGUGAGUGUGUGAUAUAGGCUUUGUAGGGAUCAGACUGGUCAUGUCUUUGUGAGUCUCUUUCCGCUACAGGAGAAUGAAAUAUACAUCAUCCUGAGAACUGUCAACUCCCCCCCCCCCCCCCCCAAUGCAUUCAGAAAUGUUUCUUAUACUGUAUCAGGUUAAUUUGACUUUACAUGGUUGUUUUUGGAUGCAGAUGCUCCUGACUGAAAAGGCCGAGGCAUUACAAGAAGAAGUGGAAGAGUUACUGAGAAUACCUGAAGACAUUACUUGAGGCUUCCUAAUCACUCUAGCAUGUGAAUCAAGAAUCAAACAAUUAUUUUUCUACCCUAAUUAUUUAUAGUUUGUUAUACAUGUACCUGAGCUUAUUUCACUAUUAAUAAAAGCUCCAAAAAAUUCUCUAUACUUCCUGCUCAGUUCAUUAUGAAACUGAUGUUCUUUGGCAAAGCUGAAAUUUAUUUAUCAUCUUUCAGACCUCUUAUUAUCAUUUGUGGCAUCAUCAUUUGCUAUGGAUAUCUGCUUAUUUCUGUUAUAAAGUGCUUCUUUUCUUUUUGAAAAUCAUUUUUGCUUCGUCUCUGUAAACAAUGCCUUUCAUAAGGCCACGUUAGGAAAUUAGAAAGGGGUUGUGGUUCUGAAGCAAAGAUCAAUUUCUUGAACUACUCUGAACAUAAAAAUUGUAUAGACCUAAUCAUGAUUUGCCAGCACUGAAGAAACUAUCCAAUAAACAUGCCUCUUUAAUACCUGGAUUACAAAAUCAUUAUGAAUUAUGAUUUAUUGAUUUUGGAUUAAUAAAAGUUGCUAUUUUAAAAUAUACUUUGGUAUAUUAGACUGCAAUCUUAUGCACAUAGUGAGAGUUCUUCUGCGUAAACAUGUAUAGAGCUGUACCUACAUGUCCCUACGGCAUGUUCUAGGGGCUGGGAUUUCUGCAUUGCAGGGCGUUGGACUAGAUGACCCUUGGCAUCUUCACUAUCUUUCAGUGAGUGCUGAGGAUGCCCCUCUUUAACCUGUCCUGUGAUAUCUCAGGUGUGUGUUUUCAGAAUCCACCCUAUUCCAGCUCUACAGUUUUGUAAUUUUGUGGCUUUGUGUCCCACCAUGGCACAUUGACAAGAUGCCAAAACAGACAUCAAAAAAUCUCACAGAUUGGUGAAUGUAUAUUUCACUCUCUUUUAAUGUGUAGUGUAGUAACAAAUGGAACUCUUGUGUCUAUACUACAGCAUUCCCACUGCAGCUUCCACUUAUUGGGGAACAAACCCUAUGGACCUUUUGUAACUUAUUCCACGAGGCAAACUGCUUUGGUCUAAGUGACCAGAGAGGAGGGGACAGGAAAGCUUCUUCAAGUGUUCCAUCAUUUCUUGGGGUGCAGGGAUGUUGCUUAUCUGCCACUUUCAUUGCCUCUUCCUUUCUCUGGUCCCAUUGCCGUGUCCACGAGGGAACUAGGUGGGGUGGGAUAUUCUCCAACAGGAGGAGGCCAGCUGGGUGAGUGUAGUUAGUGUUAUAGACAACCAAACCCAGUUACCAUGUACUGAUGGCAAUACUGCAGGGUCUAACCAGGUGUGUGCAGACACUUAAGGCACAUAGCAGGUUCAGAAACCAAAGCGAGUUGGAUGGUCAAACGUCAACAUAAGUAAGAAGCUCCACAGAAGAGAGCUGCAAAUUGUAAUUGCCAUUUUUGGGGCAAUGCCACCCUAAAAAAUCUAGGUGAUUGUCUCUGUCCUUUACAUAUAAAAGGACUAAAAGGAGCCAGCUGCAUCAGACUGAAAGACCUAUCUAGUCCAGCAAUCUGUUUUCCCUAGACCUGGAGAACCUGCCACCUUGCAGUGAGAUCUUACUUUCUUGGGUUCCAUGAUCACUGCAAAUGCUGACAGCAGUCACAAAAUUAAAAGAUGCCUGCUUCUUGGGAGAAAAGCGAUGACAAAUCCUAGUCGGCAUCUUGAAAUGCAGAGACAUCACCUUGCCAACAAAGAUCCGUAUAUUUAAAGCUAUGGUUUUUACAGUAGUGAUGUAUGGGAGUGAGAGCUGGACCAUAAAGAAGGCUGAUCGCCGAAGAAUUGAUGCUUUUGAAUUAUGGUGCUGGAGGAGACUCUUGAGAGUCCCAUGGACUGCAAGAAGAUCAAACCUAUCCAUUCUGAAGGAAAUCAGCCCUGAGUGCUCACUGGAAGGACAGAUCCUGAAGCUGAGGCUCCAAUACUUUGGCCACCUCAUGAGAAGAGAAGACUCCCUGGCAAAGACCCUGAUGUUGGGAAAGACUGAGGGCACAAGCAGAAGGGGACGACAGAGGAUGAGAUGGUUGGACAGUGUUCUCGAAGCUACCAACAUGACUUUGACCAAGCUGCGGGAGGCGGUGGAGGACAGGAGUGCCUGGUGUGCUCUGGUCCAUGGGGUCGCACACAACUAAACAACAACAAGCCUAAUUUCAUGUGUGUUGUGCAUUAGCAUUGUUGAGCAAGCCUCGGUCCAAAAAUUCAUGAGAACUCUGUUGAAAUAUUUGCCUUUGGGUUAUUUUCAUGCAUCAUAAUAGCAAAGGGAGGAGGAGGUCUUCCUGUGAGCCUGGAAAAGAAGUAUUAUUGGUUUGAGGUGUGGGGAAAGAUAGAAGAGUAAUAAUAAUAAUAAUAAUAAUUUAUUAUUUAUACCCCGCCCAUCUGGCUGGGCUUCCCCAGCCACUCUGGGCGGCUUCCAAAAAAAAAUUAAAAUACUGUAAUACAUCAAACAUUAAAAUAUUAGCAGAAGGUAUGUUUCAAUAGCCUGUGUCAUUUCAAUUUACUUGGUCACUUUGGACCCACUUGGCUCUGUGAUUGAUUAAAGUAGAAAAACCUGUUGCUGGGUGGAGAUUGCCUGGGAACAGCUGACUCAUUGGCAGGUUACUCCUUCUUUACGUGCCACCGCCUUUAAACUGUGACUUCCUGUAUUUAUGAUGACAAGUCUUGGGAGGCACUAAAGCUAAUUUGAAAACACACCUUUCUUCGGAACAGAUGUGCUGGUGUUGUCAAUGUGCCUGAAGCAGAAAUUGCAAUUUUUGCAUUGAAAACACGUGCGAACACAGGUGGCUUUUUCAAAUUCCUAUUGCCGCAUUUCCAGAACUCCAAAGUAGGAGUCAAAUUGGACCUGGCAGCAAAAAUAGUAAUAGAUGCCUUAGAUCAGGGAUGGCUAAACUCCAGGUGUUACUGCACUCCAGUUCUGCCUGCCCCAGCCAGGACAGCUAAUGGUCAGGGAUGAUGAUUGUUUAAUUUAUUAUUCGCCCUUCACCAGCAGAACCCAGGGCAGCUUACAAGAAUAGGAUAGAUUCUGAAAACACACACCUGAGAUAUCACAGGUUAGGUUAAAGAGGUGCAUCCUCAGCACUCGCUGAAAGGUAGUGAAGAUGCCAAACACUCUUCUUUUUUUAAGUUUUUAUUUAUACUUUUCAAAUUUACACAUUUCAUUAGUUUUACAAUCAUUUUAACCUUUCAGAGUUUGACUUCCUUUUCCCUCUUUUUGCGGUUCCUUAAAUUAAUUUUUCAAAUAUCGGCAUAUCCAAAUUCAUUUAAUUUGCUCAUUUAAUUAUCUACUUUAAAUAUAUACUCUUAUGAAACUUCAGGCUAGUACAAUAAUCCUGGCAAUGUUUUUAUCUGUUUGUAAUUUAUCUGUAAAUAUUCAAUAAACCAUUUCCAUUCUUUUAU